AUGGUACCAAAGAUUAAUAAUAAGAGAAAACAAGAGGAAGAAGAGGAAGAGGUCUACGAAGAGGAAGAUGAUCAAUUAGACGAGGAGGAUGCUGAAGAUUAUGAUGGAGAAGACGGUGGAGAUGAUGAUGAAGAACAAGGAGAAGACGAAGAAGAUGGAGAAGAUGGUCCAUCCGAUAAGAAGAAACAGAAAUCAGAUAAAGAAAAGACACCAAGAAAGACAAGAGCAGAGAAACGUGAAGAAAAGUUAGUAAAGAAAUCAAAAUUCGACACUUCCUAUGAGACUGUAUAUCAAGCCAAGCUCAUUUGGGAACAACUAAAGCGUGUAAACUUGAAAAAAGAAGAAAGAGAACCACUGGCUGCUCAACUCUUUGAAAAGAUUCAAGGUAAAAUUAAAGAGAUUGUUGUUAAACACGAUGGUUCUAGAGUUGUACAAACCCUAUUAAAGUAUGGUAAUGACCAACAGAGAAAACAAAUAUAUAAGGAGUUGAGUGGAGAGGAAAUGAGAUUGUCUGCAAGUCAGUACGGUCGUUUUUUGGUUUUGAAGAUGUUGAAAUACGGAAACAAAGAGCAGAGAAACGCUAUUAUCUCUGCAUUCUAUGGAAGCAUUGUUAAGCUCGUGAGUAAUCGUGAGUCUGCUCAAAUCGUAGAGUACAUCUAUUCAGAGUUGGCCGACAAGAUCCAAAAGACAUCGAUCAUCGAGGAGUUCUACAGCGACGAAUACAAGCUUUUCAAGUCAAAGGAAGCUCGUACCUUGGAACAACUGCUUGCCGCUCACCCCAACAAGAAGGAAUCGAUCAUCAAGAAUCUCUCAAAGAUCUUGACCAAGUUGCUCUCCACCAAGGGCAAAGGUGACAUGUUGGUUCAGUACACACUGAUUCAACGUCUCUUGGUGAUCUUCUUUGAGUACUCGACACCACAGAACAGCAUUGACAUGGCAGAGACACUCUCUGAGAUCGUACUGCCAAUGGUGCAUACCAAGGAUGGUGCUCUUGCCGCCUACUACGCAGUCAGCUAUGGAUCUGCCAAAACCAGAAAGACAAUCAUCAAAUCACUCAAGGGAUUCGUCGAGAAGGUUGCCAACGAGGAGCACAGUUGUCUUCCACUCAUCCGUAUCCUCGAUGUUACUGACGAUACCCUCUACGUAACCAAAGCACUCCUAGGUGAACUCCUUCCUAAAUUACCUGAAUUGGCAUCUUCCAAAUAUGGACAUUUAUGGAUUCUUCAUAUCUUACAACCAUACAGCCCAAGAUAUUUCUCACAAUAUCAAAUCGGUCUUAUGAAACCAAAUUUAAAGAAUGUCGAUGGUGUUGAAACACCAGUUGGUAAAAAGACACAAGAAUUAAGAAGAAAGGAAUUAUUGGAUUUCGUUUCACCAAAAUUGAUUGAUUUGUGCUCGAAUUAUACAGAACAAAUGUUUAGUUCAAUGUGGGGUGCUAGAGUUUUGAAUUUAACAUUAAAGGAAGCCACCGGUAACAAGAUCAUCUUGACCAACAGAAUCCUCGAUCAGAUUACAUCGAAUGUCGAACUUUUAAAGCAACACGGUCCAAAUGUCCAAACAUUAUUCAAAAACGAUUAUAUAAAGAAUUCUGAUUUCGCAGUCAAUAUGUUUGCAAAAGUAAAGGAUAACAUCAUUGAAUACUCUAAACUUCAAGAUAAUAAUUUAGCCUAUGUGUUAAAGGAUAUGAUUUUCAAUUUGCCAGAGGCACAACAAAAGGAAGCCGAUGCCAUUAUCAAGAAGAAUAAUUUGAAAAACUUGGUCAGAGCACCACCCAAGCAAAAAAAAAUAACCAAAUAA